AUGUCAAGUGAAAGAGUGAAGGAAGGGCACUACAAUGGAAAGGAUGGCUGUACCGUUGCGGAUGCGGACGAGAAGAAGAUCGAUGACAAGCUGAGGAGGAUAGCAUGGGUAGGACUUGGCGAGCAGAAGGAUGGUCUCGCUACAAAGAAGUUUGACAAGGAGGCCCUGAAAGAGGGCUUCUUCUUCGUCACUGGGGAUUGGGACCCAAUCUCCAUUCUUCGCUCUUUCGACGAUAUCAGUAUCGAUGCCCUCAUGCACCGGGAAGAAGGCGCACAGAAUGAAGAUAAGACGAAGGACAGCUGA